UUUUUAAAGGCCACCACCAAAAAGCACAUUUUUUGACAAGUUGUUCUGUCAAGGAAUGUUCGCGCUCAGUUUGAUUUAGAAGUCGUAAUAUUAUCAUAAAAAUGACAGAAGAAACGCUUUGUGCUAGGUGCAUAACACGAUCUGCAGUUGUCGACUGUUUAAACUGUGUUGGAGGGCAGGGAAAAGAUGCCUUCUUGCCACUUUGUGAGGAAUGUAACCAACUAAUACAUCAAGGAUUUCUACAGAACCACUGUGUCAGGUCAAUAGCUAUCAAGCAAUCAAUAUGCCAAUUAACAGAUCAACUACAGCAUUUCAAGUUGGAAAAAGAUUACUUGGAAGCCAGUCUUUUAGAGAUGAAGUUUAUCAAGACUGAUCUUCAAGAACAAGAAGAGGCCAAAAUUCUGCAGAUCCACAAAGCUGUAACAGAAGUCCACCAAUCCCUUAAAACAUUUGAAGAGGAUCUAGCCAAGCAGGUGAAAGAGGCUGCUAAAGAGAAAGUAAUAAAGUAUGAGGAAUGCGAGAAGGUUAUCCAAGAGUCAAUCAAAGAACAUGAUCAGAUCAAAGGUGAAGUGAAUGCAGCUCUGAAUAGUGAUGGCACUAUAUCACUUGAUAUAAUUAAAAGGAUGCAAGAGAAGAUGCGUACAUUUGACACUAAGCACUUCCAACAGUUGUAUACAAGUACACUACUUCCUCUCACCUGUGUGCUGGGCAAGCCUCUUGAUUUUGCUGCCAGUAUUAAGCUACUAACAACACCGGUAGAAUCCAGUGAUGCUGGGCUUUCUGGAGCAGAUAAGCAUAUCCAAGAACAGCCUGGACACAAGUUAUCAUUGUUUGUUGAAAGUCGAAUGGAUGGGCAGAGCAUUUUCUGGGCAAGCAGAGACUUCAGCAUGGAAAUGACUGAGGAACUGAAUGAAUUGGCUAGAAAGAUAAGAGAACAUCUGUUGUUAAAUGCUGCCACUAAUGUAUUUAAUGUACAAGAGGGGAGCUGGUGCUGUGCACGUUAUGAGGACAACCGAUGGUAUCGCGCUAGAGUGGAGAAAGUAAAACUAGAUAAGAAAACUGCGGUAGUACGUUGGUUAGAUUAUGCACACAACAGUGAGGUACCAUUUGGCAACAUUAAAGAGUUAAAGCAAGAGUUUUGGACCAUCCCAAUACAGGCUGUAAAGUGCUGUCUGUUUGAGGAGUUGGAGGAGGAUCUCCCAUAUGAUGUGCGCUGGCAUUUCAGUGGCAUCACUAAGGACAAGACACUUGAUUCUACUGUCAUUAAGGUGAUCCACAAGGAAGGUGAAAUUCCCACAAUGCUAGUGGAUGUGAGCUUAAGGGAGGAUCCUGGUGUUGAUAUCAAGGAGCAAUUGAACAAAAAAGUCAUUGAGCUGAAAAACAAGAAAAAGGAUCCAAUAAUUUGCAGAGAUUUUCGAUUUGCACAACAAACAAUAGAUGAACGUAGUAAGCAGACUGCACCAGAACCCAUUGAAAAAAAUACAGAUAUAAAGCAGGUGAUGCUAGAAAACACUGACAAAAAACAUCCGCACUCCAAGCAGACAAUGCAAGAUAACACUGAAGAGCAAACAAAGGGUUCACAAAGAGCCUCUCCACAACCAUUCCUUGAAGGAAUCCUGAAUGAGAUUGAAAAACCCAAAGAAAAAGCUAAGAAAUCUGAUAAGGCAAAGAAACAGAAUGAGAAAAAGAAGAAAAGUCUUGAAGAUAUUCAUAAAAAUGAAGACAAAAAUGGUAAAUCUAUUGUGAAGAAACCAAAGAUAUCUGAACAACCCAGAAGUGUUGAGAUUGACAAGUGGACCUCACCACCACAACAUUCUGUUUGGCCGCAGAAAGAGGAACCUGCUGAUGAAAUUGUCAACAUGAACCCUAAUGCACAUAUUUUUGUUCCAAGAAACUCCCCUCCAGAACAUCAUGGUAUAGAAAGGCCGACAGGACACCCAUUUGUAGCACCACACGCACAUGACAGACAUUUUUUACCAGUGGAGCCACCUACAUUUGCUGACGUACUGAAAAGCAAGCAAAGAUUAAACCGUAUUGUGUACCCUAAAAUACCUGAAGGGAUUGAUAGGAGAAUACAUGAUGAUAAUCUGUGGCCUCACCCAAGAAGUGGAGGUGAUGGCCAUUGUGACAUGCAGUAUUACCAUCCACAAGUUCAACCAGUGGUACACGGCAUGCACCCUCAGCAUCAACCUUACCAUCCUAAAACAUCAGAUGUUUUAGGUCCACUGUUUGGACAUGGUGAUGGGUCUAAUCAACUUCAUCCUCCAAAAGAUACAAAUCGUCAACAGACAGAACCACUGGUGAUGGUUGAAACUGAUGUCUGCAAGUAUGUUAAUCCAGAGUGUUUCCCUCAUGAGCAGAGUCUCUCAAAAUCAACCCUUGAAGCCUUUAAUGUUGGAGCAUCGCUUUCUGAAUCAGGUUUACUUAUCGGUCAGCAAGACCAAGGGGCUGUUCUUAAAAAUGUUGGAGGACAACUUAUGUCAAAUGUCACACCACCAUUGAACUUCAGCACUUGCCAGUCAAAAGGAAGAAGUGAUGGCAGGGAUCGACCAGAGCCUCAAAUCAGUAUUUUGAAGAAAUCUGGAAGGUGUUCACCUGUAGGAACAGACACCGGUGCAAGAAUUGUUGUAGGUGCUGUUCUUGAUGUUAAAAUUGUAACUGAACUAAACAUGGAUGGUUCAUUUUGGUCUGUGAUGGUUCGGAAUGAAAAACAACAAGCAAAAUUUCUCAGUAUGACAAAUGAAUUAAGCUUGUCUAGUGAUAUUCUGUCACCUGUGGAGCUUCAUUCCGGUAAGAUAGUUGCUGUAAGUCCAGAAGAAGGUAAAUGGUUUCGUGCCUCAGUCCUGAAAGUUUCGGGGGACUUGGUCCAAGCUCGUUUGGUUGACUUAGGCCAGAUAGUUGAUGUGUCACACGAUCAAGUAAAGAAGCUUGACAGCAAAUUUAUACUGUAUCCAUUUCAGGCGAUAGAGUGUAGCAUUUCUCGACCUAACUUCCGGGAAUUUGGCUCGCAUUCGCGUCAGAUUUUCCUUCAGGAAGCAUUUGAGAAAAAGCUGAAGAUUAAAGUGGAGGGAGUGUCUGGCUGUUUGAUCUAUGUCACACUUCUGCUGAAUACUGCUAAUGCUGCUGAUAACAACUUGAACUUUAGGAUUUGGGCCUCUGAACUUGAUAUGAACAAGGGAAUAACCAAAGACCAAAGAGCUGAUAUUGCACGUUCUGAUACACAGAUGCCAGAAACCACUAUGGUAUCAUCAUCGGAUACCUGUGCACCUGUAAUUAGUGCUCCCAUGACAGGGAUAACCAUCUCUGGUGCACCCAUUUCCAGUGCACCAGUCACAAGUAUGGCAGAUUUAGGAGCCAUCUUACCAGCACAGAAUCCAAUGGCAUUAUUGUUUUCCGAGCCACAGCCUAGCACCACUAUUAUUGGUACAAUACCAUCUACCAUGCCAAUUGGUUUCCCUGUAAUACCGUUCAUUGCUGCUACCACACCUUACCAAGAGGUACCACCUGACCUGGUCAUGAAUGAUGUUGUUCAGGAAACGGAGGAUGCAGUGGACAAAUGGCCAUCACCGGUUACCAAUGAAGUUCCAGAAAAAACAACAAAUGGGAACAAAGACAACAAUAAUAUUGAUGGUAUUCAUGACAAAGUAAGAGAACGCAAAUUUCGAGGCAAGACAUUUGGUCAAUACAGAUCUAAUGAUCGACCACGCCCAUUCAACCCUGCUAAGACUCAAUGUUACAAUUGCAAAGACUUUGGCCACUUCGCCAAUUACUGUCCAAAAUUCAAACGCAAGGUUGUAAUCAAAGGAAGGAAGAAAUAAGGGACUGAAGAAGAGUAAAUAGAUGAAGAUAAAUUUUUUAGAAAAAAUGGAAGGAUAUAUUACAACAGGCCAUAUACGUUCCAGUAUCUUAAACUGAGUAUUUAUAACUGGUCAUUUGUCUAUAAGUGUCUACAUGUGUCAACAAGUGUCUGCAUGGAUUAACAUUUAUCUACAUGCCACUAUAAAUGUCACCAUUUGUCUACAUGUGUUUUAUAUGCAUUUACAUGCGUUAAUAAUAACAUGUGUAAGCAAACAUCAGGAUGUGUUAACAUGUGUCUACAUAUAUUGAUUACUACAUGUGUUGAAAAGUGUUUACAUAUGAGGGGAAUGAAUUUAUGAAGCAUAAAAAAUGAAACAACUUUUCAGUCCCAUCUCCAAUCUCAUUUCAAGUUCCUAGUUUAAAAUAAUUAGUUUUAAUUAGUGUUGAUUUUCUUGUCUACAUUACUAGGGUUGUAAUUGAGUUACAGUUUAAAUAAAGUGCUUCUUUUUAGUAAUUUGUAACUUUACAUUGUUUAGAAAUUGGUACCGAAGUGUUUACUUGCGGUAUGAGAGUUUCAGAACUGCUUUUGUCUGAAUAAAGCCAUUGAGUUUUUUUGUUACAUUGACAUGGCUAAUCGAUUUGUGUGGCACAAAAAACAAGAGAUAGACAGGUUUAUAAUAGUGAAUUCAGGUGAAAAAAGUGGUUCAUUAAAUUUUGUUUCAAUCUUUAUAUAUCAGGUGCUAUUUUUUAUUUUCAUUGUGGCUUUCUUGUCACAUUUGUGCUAUACCAAUUCUACUUUAAAAACUGACAAAUCUGCAGCUUCGAUUUAUGCAUUUUGUUGUCUUUGGUUGGCAUUGAUCUGUUCUAUUAGUAACUGCCUGCAUAUCUUCCUCUAACAUGAACUAUGUGCAUUUGAUUUCUUUAGAUUAAAGAUGAUUUUCGGGGAAAAAAAAUUUUUGUCAAGAAAAAAAGGAAAUAUUAAGUAGAAAUGUAUUUAGAUCAUGUUUUUUAUGACUUAUUUUGUUAGAGUUUAUAUAAGUGGAAAAUUGCUGGUUGCAUAUUAGUUGUCUGUGUAAGAGGAUGGAACCAUAACUUAGGUUCAUUGGCCAAUGUUAGAAUUUGUAGAAAAGAACAGUAUAGCGUCUGUAGCAUCUCUGAAGAUGUAGCAACAACCUCAGUAGCUUUAUACAUACCAUUCAGUGCCAAUGAUUGACAUUAAUAAAUAGUAUAGUGUUACUUUCAAUGCAGAACAAACCACUAUGAAUUCAGUCUUAAUUUUUUAGUGCCAGUACUGUAGUACAUAGAAGUAAACUUUAAAACACAAGAAUAUUUUUACCGGUGAAUAUGAUUGGAAGAGAGUAAAUUCAAAACAUUCUCUUCUAUUUUUUUGUUGGUAGUGUAUUUAAAAGAAGCUUUAUAAAUUUAUACUGUUUAAAGAAUUAAAUCCCGUGUUUCUAUUGAGAAGUCAAUA